AUGUUCAUCCCAUUGUUAUUGUUACUUUUGUAUGUUUCCAAUGGUAUCGCCUAUCGGGAUGGCAAUACCAAGUUUAAACUUUGUUGUUCGAAACAGUUGAGUGCUGAUAAACAAUGUAAACAACGGUUUUGUGACUUCAACUCUCUCGCUGCUGAUAAUGUAAGAUUUUAUGAGCUUGUGGUCGAAAAAUACGAUAAUGUGAGAGAGAGUAUGCGGGAAUGCUAGAUGAUCGAAUAUUACCUAGAAAAAUUAUAUUUUUAUAUCGAAAACAAUAUUAUAUAAUAGUAGUUUUUGGUUUAGAUUCUGUUUUUCUUGAAUUCAUGCACACCUAAAGGAUCCACCGUACCUGACAUGUGGGCAUGUGCAACUUCCAAAGAAGACCAUACUGAAUGUUGUAAGAAAAAGUAAGUAGUCAUUACCCUAUAUUAGCUUGUUCAAAUAAUCCUGUGACUACUAACCCCGAAAAUUUGUAUUGAGAGGGAGCACAGAAUUAUUUGAAGACCCUAAUAAAUUAACUUUAUUUUUGACAGAAACGUGUUCAAAGAAUGUCUGCCUUACUGCAACUACAACACCACUCCCAACGACUACCUCAAACACAUCUUCUGUCUUCAGAACUUCAAUCCCAUCAAGGACUGCUUCAGAUCUCAUCUUAACUUCCACCCCAAUAUCCAUGGUGAUGAAUGA